AUGCCUUCUCUGAACUCUUACCAUGUUUCUCUAUUUGAGCACGUCUUCAAACGCCAACCAAAUUUCUCCUUCUUGAAAGUUUUUGGGUGUCAAUUCUUUCCCCACCUUCGACCUUACAACCAGCAUAAGAUGAAUUUUCGGUCCACUCUUUGUGUCUUUGUUGGGUACAGCUCCUCUCUCCAUGAUUAUCGAUGUCUUGAUCUUACAUCUGAAAAACUCUACAUACCUUGUCAUGUUCAGUUUCACGAGACUUACUUUCCAUUUCUAACACCUAAAACUAAGCCAUUUACAAGCCCCUCAUCUGAUCCAUAUGUUUCCACUUACUCACUCCAUAUUAUUUUUGAUGGUUCUCCACCGACUCCUUUACUAUCACCUCCACCAUCUCUGCGAUCUCCACCAGUCCAACAACCGACCCUGACAACACCGCCCACAUCAGAACCUUAA